AAAAUAAAAAUUAACUGUGCAUUUGCGAUGCCCUAUUGACUUUUCUGCUAAAUGAGAGUGAUUGGUCUCAACACUGAUCUCCACUUUGCUUUGAAGCGGAGUGUAAUCUACAUUCAUAAUUAUCAACAGCUGUUAAUAAUAAAUUGAUUAGUUUAUAAACAAAAGCUGGAAUCUUAAAAAAUGGGUGCUCCUGAAUUGCCUGGAGAUCCUGUGGAGGAAGAAGUUCACGCUGUACAAGCAAAUGUUCACCAUCCUCCGAUGGCAAGCGAUGAUAGCGAUAAUGAAAUAAACACCGAUGCUUACAAUGGUUAUCAGCCGUUGCCAAUAGGAGACGAGGGCUAUGAAAUGGCAGUUGAUGAUAGUGAGUCGGUGGAUUCAAUCACAGACGAAGUGAUACAAGAUCAAGAGAGAGACCUAGCUAGUGAGGAUACUUUGGUUGAGUCUACUCCUAAAAUAGAUAGCGUUGACGUUGAAAUCGAAAGACAGGUUUGGAGUGAACCACGUCCUAAGGAGUUACAACUAGAAUUGGAUAACAAUAAAACGACACAGAUAUUAAAUGUGAUGGCCAAUAUUACGCUACCAAAUGCUGUGGUACCUGAUUGGGCUGCUAGUGUGCCAGAAGAACGUUGGAAGGAAGAACUACUUCAACGAAUUCGACAGCGCGAAGAUUCAAAUCUUAAUAUAGAUAAGUAAAUUUGCUAUUAUAUUAAAGUUUGUAUGAAGGAAAGAGUAUGGUCCAUUUUUGUAAAUUUGCUUGUCGUCCUGAAAUUAAUUAAAAAUAUUUAAAUAUAAGCAGAUUGAGUUAUUCAAUACCGUUAUUGAAAAAUAAAAACCUAUUAAAAAAAA